CACUGUCAAAAAUCGCGAAGCGCGCUCCGCGGUCCGCUCGGCUCGGCGUGUUCGACGACUGAUAAAACACUCGUGUUGUAUAAUAUCCAGUGAUAAUGCCAGAAACGGCUGAUUUAAAUAAGAAGGCGAAUGACAACCGGCUGAGACCUGCGAUCCGCAGCCACCAGCGAACCCCCUCCGGCUCUCGCGACUUCAAAGAGGCCACAAAACGAGACGCCCUCGCCCGAGUAGAAGUGGAACUAGAGAGGUUACUCGCCACAUUACCUGAGGCCCGCAAACCACUGGUCACUAAGGAGUUCCAGGGGUUCAAGAACCUCUUCAGCCGGUUCCUUGCUGAACAGGGCCCGUCAGUAACAUGGGACAAGAUCGAGAAACUCCCAGAGGGGGCGGUCAUCGACUACGGCUCCCUGGAGACCCCCACUACAGACAACAUCCACCACAUGUUGGACAAGCUGGUGGUGGUCAAGCUGAAUGGUGGUCUGGGGACCUCUAUGGGUUGCAAGGGGCCGAAGUCUGUCAUACAAGUCAGGAAUGAGUUGACGUUUCUGGAUUUAACUGUGCAGCAGAUUGAGCAUCUGAACAAAACCUAUAAAUGCAACGUACCCCUCGUCCUAAUGAACUCGUUCAACACCGACGAAGACACUCAGAAGGUCAUCCGUAAAUACAAGGGCUUGAAACUGGACAUACACACAUUCAACCAGUCUUGCCAUCCGCGUAUCAACAGGGAGUCUCUACUACCAGUGGCGAAGGAUGGACACGUUCACAACGAUAUUGAAGCAUGGUACCCACCCGGUCACGGCGACUUCUACGAAUCCUUCCACAAUUCCGGCCUCCUGCAGAAGUUCAUCCAAGAAGGCCGCACCUACUGCUUUAUUAGUAACAUAGACAACUUGGGCGCCACUGUCGACCUCAACAUCCUCAACUUGCUCCUCAACCCUAACCAACAUGCUGUCAACGAGUUCGUCAUGGAGGUCACCGACAAAACCAGAGCGGACGUCAAGGGAGGCACCCUAAUCCAAUACGAAGACAAACUCCGCCUCCUCGAAAUCGCCCAAGUCCCCAAAGAGCACGUGGACGACUUCAAAUCCGUCAGUCAGUUCAAAUUCUUCAACACCAACAACUUAUGGGCCAAACUCGACGCCAUACAGAGAGUGGUCGAACAGGGAUCCCUAAACAUGGAAAUAAUAGUCAAUAACAAGCAUUUAGGCGAUGGUUUAAACGUUAUCCAACUCGAAACCGCGGUAGGCGCUGCCAUGAAAUGCUUUGAAGGAGGUAUAGGCGUGAACGUGCCUAGAUCUAGAUUUUUACCUGUCAAAAAGACCUCGGAUUUGCUGCUAGUCAUGUCAAACUUGUACAGUCUUUCGCACGGGUCUUUAGUAAUGUCUGAUCAGAGGAUGUUCCCGUCUACGCCGCUUGUGAAGCUUGGCGACAACCAUUUUGCGAAAGUGAAGGAGUUUCUGAACAGGUUCGCCACGAUACCGGAUCUGAUUGAGUUGGAUCAUUUGACUGUGUCUGGGGACGUUACUUUUGGAAGAGGAGUGUCUUUGAAGGGCACGGUAAUCAUCAUAGCGAACCACGGCGACCGCAUCGACAUCCCAUCCGGGGCUGUCCUUGAGAACAAGAUAGUCUCUGGCAACCUUCGCAUCUUGGACCACUAACUUAUCAUACAUAGUGCACCUACUUUCCAAGACCAGAGACCAGUUAAUGAUAUAAACUGUCCCUCUUGCCGGUAUCGAUAUUUUGG